CAAGGAAGGGGAGGGUUCUUUACCCGAGAAAGCGCGGCUCUCGGGCCGCUCUGGCCUCAGCCAGUGAAAGGCCGAGGGUGUGGUAGAGCGAAGGGGCAGGACGAGUACUUAGGGAGGCACCGGCAGCUGCCCUGGCCUCCCUCGAACUCUCUUGGUGUGCGCUUUUGCGGCUCGCUGCGCUCAAGGCGUUGGGGGCAGUACAGCGGCCACUUGGCUGCAUCAUGGUGACCCCCUGCCCCACCAGCCCCUCGAGCCCCGCGGCCUGGUCAGAAAGGCGGGAUAACGACCAGAAUCUUCGGGCCCCAGUGAAGAAGAGUAGGCGCCCGCGUCUCCGGAGGAAGGAGCCGCUACAGCCCCUGAACCCGUGCCUGCUCCCCGGGGACUCAGGCGUUUGCGACCUGUCCGAGUCCCCCAGCUCAGGCUCGGACGGCGCAGACAGCCCCGUGGCGUCGGCGGGGGCGCAGGACUGCAGCCCUCUGCCCAGUCCUGACCAGUUGUUGUCACCACUAGAUCUACAGACCUUCCGCGACUACGGUCGGAGCUGCUACGCCUUCCGCAAGGCUCAGGAGAGCCACUUCCAUCCGCUGGAGUCGCUGGCGCGGCAGCCACAAGUGACAGCGGAAUCCCGCUGUAAGCUUCUCAGCUGGCUGAUUCCCGUGCACCGCCAAUUCGGGCUGUCCUUUGAGUCGCUGUGCCUGACGGUGAACACAAUGGACCGCUUUCUUACCACCACGCCUGUGGCUGCAGACUGCUUUCAGCUGCUCGGUGUCACCUCCCUACUCAUCGCUUGCAAACAGGUGGAAGUUCACCCUCCGCGCGUGAAACAGCUCCUAGCCCUGUGCUGCGGCGCUUUCUCCCGGCAGCAGCUCUGCAACCUCGAGUGUAUCGUGCUUCACAAGCUGCACUUCAGCCUAGGUGCGCCCACCAUCAGCUUCUUCUUGGAGCAUUUCACUCAAGAGCGUGUGGAGAAGGGGCAAAUUGAAGUCUCUGAAGCCCUGGAAGCGCAAAUCUUGGCUCGGGGAGUGGCGGAGCUGAGCCUGGCAGACUACACCUUCACCAGCUACGUCCCCUCCCUGCUGGCCAUCUGCUGCCUGGCGCUGGCGGACCGCAUGCUCCGAAUUCCGCGCCCGCUGGACCUGCGCCUGGGCCAGCAUCCCGAGGCGGCGCUGCAGGACUGCCUGUGCAAGUUGCAGCUACUGGUGGCCAUAAACAGUACUUCCCUGACUCACAUUCUGCCCUUCCAGAUCUGUGAGAAGUGCAGCUUGUCCCCAGGCUUGAAAUAAAGCAGACCCUUAGGCUCCUUUCCUCUGGCUAGAAAUGGUGGACCCCUCCCGUUGCUUCAGAAGAGUACAGUAUUUGUCCAAAGAGGGAGGUUCGGGACUCCUGCUUGCCAUCCUGCAGGUUAUAGCGUACCAUAGCAGAAUCCAGUAGUUUAUUUUGUCUGAGAACACUGGGAGCUGUCUUUUCUCAAUAAACGGGCUGUUGUGGUUUGUCUGAACACUGUUAGAAUCUCUGAGACCAGUUGGGCAAGGUUCUGGAUGCCAGGGUUCCAGUGGUAAGACAAGUCGGGAUCCUCUGAAGCUGAGGACUGUAUCACUACGGAUCCAGAGAGUACGGUGGGGUGUAAGGCAGAGUAAAAUGCACAGCAGUGUAUGCUGUCCAAAGGGCCCACUGCGUACAUUUGCCAAUGCACAUGAUGUGGAGCUAUGAAGCCUUGGGAACCAGGUAGGCACACUGGCUAAGGGUGAAGCAGGAGAUGUUUCCAAUAUAGAGAAUCCCACAUGCAAUGGCAGAUGUCAGAAAGGAUGGCUUUGCAGAGUGUUGGGGCCAACUCAAGUAGAGCCCAAGCAAUCAUUUGGUUCAGUUUAUGUUGCUACAUGCAAGCUCAAGGGCGACAAUGGCAUAAUGUAAUAAAGGCUGUGUUGAGUCUUAUGGCAUACCAGGCACUAUGUUCAGCAUUCAUUAUUUUGUUCUUUCAAUGUUUCUAUGAAGUGUUAUCCCAAUUUUCUGAGGAUGACAGUGGGGCACAGAGGACUUAAAGCAGGUGCUCAGAGUUCCACCCUUAGUCACACUGCUAAAUAUUUAUUUAUAGAUUUCUGGUGUCUCAUAAGUUACUUAGGGACUACCAUACUGUACCAUUCCUUCUAGUCAUGUUUCAGGACUCAAUUUACAGAUGGUAAAGCUGGGCUGGGUAAUGAGACAGGCUUGUUAGAUUUCUGUGGCUCUACAAUUGUCACAUUCAUUCUCAUUGUCAUGAAUCUGCUGUAGUCCCUGAGCCUCAGCUUCACCUGCAGAACAUUUCUUAAUCUCUCCCACCUCUACAACUGACACCAAAGCUGUGAAGUUUAAGUGAAGUUCAGUUUAAAUGUGAGGUAGUAUAAAGUAUUAAGCUCUGAAGCAAAUUUCUAGGUGACAUUAGGCAAGUCCAGACCCACAUCUCUGUAAAAAUGGGAAUAACAGUAGUACCUAUUUUAUAGGGUUGAGGUAUGGCUCUAAUGAGACAGUCCAUAGAAUUUCCCCAGCACAGAUCCUGGCAUAUAAUAAGCCUAGCCAUAAUAAGAAAAGGCUAGGGGCAGCCUACACAAUGACGGGAGGAAAGAGUUCAU